AUGGCGGUCGGUUACACUGCCGAGUGGGGUAAGCAGGCGGCGCGGCGAUCAGGAGGAGGCAGAGCAGCGUGCAAACAGCGGAGGCGGAGCGGCGACCCUGCGGCAGAGGCGGCGCGGUGCCCAGGCGGCGUGGCCUCCCGGGCGGAGGCGGAGCAGCGACCCUACGGCAGAUGCGGCGCAGCGUUCCGGUGCCCAGGACUUCGUUGCGCACUUUGCCGGCGAGGAGAACCACCAGCUCCCGUAGUCCGGCCUCCCGUCCGGGCUCCCUGUGACCUGUGGCCUGGCCCUGCUCGCCUCUCGCCGAGCGCCCGGCCAUCCAGUCGGACUCCAAAGCCUGCUGGUGUGCUUGCCUUUGUCCUUGAGCAAGGAGGAGCACGACGCCCAGGCUCAGCAGAACUGAAGUACAGAUCAGCACGCCGAAGCACUGAAUUGUGUGGCAAUUCUUGGUUAUUUCAAUGGAAAAUAGGGGCUCUCCUACACCACUGGGUGACAAGACUAACACUACUAAUGGAGAAAGCGAUGCUGGACAGCGCAAGAGAGAAAGAGAAAAGGCUCGAUGGCAUGCAAUGUCUCAGGAGAAAAGGGACGAAAAAAAUAAAAAACGUCGGGAAGCAUACAAAAGAAGAAAGGAGCAACACCUACGUAAUGAAACUACCAAUGGUUGUAUACUAGAAUUGUUGGUGAAUAAUAAUACCGAUAUUACUAUUGAUGUUUUUUAUGUAUGAUGUGUCAAUUGGUAGAUGGUCAGACUGCAUCAAACAAGGAAAAUAUGGAUCCUAAUGAAACAGAUGAUUGGUUGUAUAGGAAUGAUUCCCUCCAUGCAAACAACAAUGAUGAUAUACUUAUGUCCAAAAGGUUAUCAGGUAAUUAAAUUAUUGUUAAUAUGGCACCAACGCCUACAUUUUUGUGUUGGUGAAAUUAUUAGUAGCUUUAUAUACAACGAGAGGAUCAUUGAUGGA